AUGACCAAGGGUCAGCAGGAUUUCGAGCGCAUUGUUGGCUUCUACAAACAGGCUGACCGUCGCCGGCCACUCAGUCGGCCCUCGAGCGUUUCUCGCGACGGCCGUUCGCUCUUUCCGGCUCCUCCUGCUCUUCCGAUCAGUGCCAUGAUAGCCCUCGUCCUCUUCCUAUCGCUGCCUCCAGUUUCUCUUCAAAACCCUCAGGAUGUCCGUUUUUUUCAUGAAUUAUUGUUUCUAGUCUUGAAAGCUGAAAUUUUUCGGUUUGUGAAUGCGUAAAUUCGUAGGAAUUGUUUUUCGAAUGUUCUCAUUAAGUGAAAGACCAUGGAUAACUCAUGCAAUUGUAAAAUAGCAAACACAAUCAUUAAUGGUCUCGAGGCGAGAAUUCUCAGUUCUAUUUGUAUUUUUUGAGGUCGCAUAAGGCUUACUGGCGGAAAGAAAAAAAACAUUUCUCCUCAGAUAUUUAUGGUCUGAAAUUUUAAAAAAGGAUAUGAGCGCAUAAAUUGUUGAGACUCAGCAUUGACCCAAAAAAACCUCUAUUAAAACAAACGUGGAGAAAAAAAUGAUAACUGAGAACUUUUUUUAUUUUUUUAUUUGAAAGAAAAAAAGUUAAAAUUCAACCUCAUUAAUUUUUUUAAGGGAAAAAUUUAAUUUUUUUCAGUGUCAUUUCAAAUUUAUUUUUUUCAUUUCGUAAACGGGUCUUUAUAAAAAGUUUUCUUCAGUGUUAAAAAGGCCUGAUCAUCUGGUGGAAAGAAAAAAAGUUCCCGGAAUGAUAUUAUUUUUUUGACUUAUUUAAAAGGCCCAGAUCUAAAAAUAGUCACUGCUCAGGCUCAUAGGCAAAGCAGCAACGAAAAAAAAGUCUAAAUUAUUGAAAAAAAUUAAUCAAAGAUUAGAAUGUAAUGAUCUCUUUUUCAAACAUUUGGGCGAGGAGAAAAAGAAACAGACGUCGAGAGCCCUUCUGUGUUAAUGGAAAAAAACGGUCUUGAAAAAAAUAUGAUUAUUUUUAAGCCUCUUCCAGUACUUUUACCAUCCGCCUCUUCUGGAAUCGCAAGUUAUGGAUCUAAUUCAAGAGUAAUAACUAUAAAUACUUUUCCUCAACCACUUUUUUUUUCUCAGGGAGAAGAAGUUGAUUCGAUCGACUUGUACGAGACGGAGGCCCCUGAAUUUGGUGUCGUCAACCCUUUGAUUUUUCCCCCAGUUCCAACUGUUAGUUUUCAUACUUUUGAAAUGUUUUUUUAUUUUAAUUAACAUUUAUGUUCAGGAUGGCGGAGAUUACGGAGCAAUUCCAGACACGCUACCUCCUCCGGAACCGACACUGGCGCCUGAGAAACCGGACAAUUCCUAUGCAAUCAAUUAUUGUGACAAGGUAUCAGUGAUGAUUAUCUCCAGGGACAAUAAUUAUGGAACUGAAGACUGAAUUUCCUGACGAGUUGCUCGAAUCCUAUGGUCUUGCCCGAGCUGAUUACUUUGUCUACAACACUUCCUGCUCUCACGUCUUCUUUCAGGUACACUUUGAAAGCGUUGAUUCUGGGCUUGAACAAGUUUUUUAAAUGUAACAAAUUUAGCGAAACCGGGUCACAAACUAAAACUUUUCUUCGUACAAAGAGGUACAGUGAUAAGCUGGAAAACCUGGAAAUCGCUUUGAAAAAAUCUAUUGACUUUAGAUUCGUUUUAAUUUUAAAUUAUGACAUUUAAAAGAUCUUCUUGAUUAGAAUUCAGCUUUUCAGUGCUCAAUCGGACAGACUUUCGUGCUCAAAUGCUCUUCAGAAGAUCAAGCCUUCGACAGCUCUACCGUUAACUGCAAUUUCAAAAAUGCUGUCAAAAUCUGUCCGGAGUACGAUCACGUCAUGCACUGCAGUUGGUCGUUUUUGAUAGCGAUUAUGACUCUGAAUUGCAGCGGUCAAGGAGACGUGCACCGAGAACGAAUUCGCGUGUUGUGCUCUGCCGCAGACCUGCGUGCACCUCAGCAAAAGAUGCGACGGCCAUCCGGAUUGUGCCGACGGAGAAGACGAAAACAACUGUCGUAAGUAUUCAACCAGAUUUUGGCAUUAAUGCAUUUUCUCAAAGUCUGUCAAAUCUUUUUUAAACUAGUGUAUAGAAUCAUAAAUAUUGAAUUCUACAGCUUCAUGUGCGAGAAACGAAUUCGCCUGUGUGAAAAGCGGGAAAUGUAUCGAGGCGACGAAGCGAUGCGAUGGCGUUGCCGACGAUUGUUUCGACGGAAGCAACCUCGAUGAGAUCGGCUGCAGCCGCAACACUAGUUCGUUUCCUUUAAUCUCGACGGUUUCUAUUAAAAUUUUCAGCCUGCGUCGGGAAGUUCAUGUGCGACUUGUCCCGUGGCGGCACCUCCUGUAUUGAGUGGCAGCAGCACUGCGACGGAACUAAAGACUGUCUCAUGGGAGAAGAUGAAAUCAAUUGCCGUCUGUUGUGAAAAUUUUUUUGAGCUGUAAUCAAGCUUUCAGGUCAAGAAGAACGAGCCAAGUAUCUUCUUUGUGAGAAUCAAAAGCAGUCGGUCACGAAGACUCAGUGGUGCAACGGCGAAAAAGACUGCGCCGACGGAUCCGACGAAAAAUACUGCUACUAA